AUAGAUGUGUAUCCAAUACAUUGAUGCUGCACGUGUUUUGCAUCAUCUAUCAUGUAAUUCAGGCUUUUUAAAUUUAGAUUUUAAUAAUUAGAUAUAAUACAUUCAAUCAUUGGUAACCUUUUAUUAUUACAUAUUUCCUUAAUUAUUGUUUACAAUUCAGCAAAUGAUAUAUGUGUAUAUAUACUAUAAUGGAUAACUCUGAUGACAUGUGCAGUAAAGUAUCUCUUGUGGAACGCAACGUUGAACCUCAAGGGCUUCCAUUGAACGAUCCUGAGGCUGUGGCUAAAACAUCCCAACAGGAUCUAGUAGCCUUAGCAUUGGAAAUACAGAAAGCUGACAGUUUUAUUAAAGCUAACGCAUGUAGCAAGCUGCAGGUAAUCGCAGAUCAAAUAAAGUCCUUAAAAAAACAGGCUGAGAACAUUCUAUUAGAAACAGAUUGGAAUAUGAAAUUACAUCAUGUCGCUUGCAAUUUUGUGAAACAUCCUGGACACGUCUAUCAUCUGUAUCAACGAGAAACUGGACAACUCUAUUUUUCUAUGCUUAGUCCAGAAGAAUGGGGCAGUUCGGGACCUUCUCAAAUUUACAAAGGCGCGUAUAGAUUAGAACAAGAUCAUACAUGGACACCUUUACACUUGACCGAUAAGAAAAAUAGAGAAUUAGCCAUGUUGGCCAAACUUUUUUCUACUCAUCCAACAACCGCUUCUGUCGUUAAAAGCAUUGAUUUAAACGUCGAUACAUAAAAAUAUUGUUAGGAUAGAGCAGAUAGCGUUCUUUCUCGAAGCACAAAUUCACGACUCUUUGAGAACAAAGGCAUGUCCAGUUUUGUAUCCUAUGAGAAACAAACUAAUUUGGGUAAAAUUUCACCAUCGUUUUGCCAUCGACAUCACCGAAGAUACCGUCAACAAUGAUGUUAGCAGCCAAAGUGUCAGCGUUACAGUAUGAAUUCCACAGAAAAGGGACGAGUACUUACUACAUAC